AUGUCGUUCCAUAAGCAAAUCGACCUAAGCGAUAGACUACAGGGGCUGUCCACUGACAAAGUCAACUUCCAUCCUCCGACCGGCAUCUCAGUCUUGAUUGUUGGAGCCGGAGUCGGUGGGUUAAUGGCAGCUCUCGAAUGUCGACGCAAGGGUCACAAUGUGCGUGUCGUUGAGCGAUCUCCGACACCAAGUACCCAAGGCGACUUCUUCUCCAUCGGUACUAACAUCAUUCGUCACUUCUACAACUUCUGGCCUGACUUGGCUGCUGAGUUCGAGCGCCUCAACUAUCAGAGUAUGAUUGCUUACUACAAGAUUACGGGGGAACAUAUCUCGGGACCAGAACCACUUUCAUGGGCCAACUUGACUGUUACUCUUGCCGAUAGAACCGAGAAGACCAUCCCCUUUCAUCGCCACAACCGUCCAAAAUUUGUCGAAGCGCUGUUAGCCCAGGCUAGAACCAUUAACGUUCAUAUCACCUUCGGCACACGAGUCGUCGAUUAUUUCGAAGAUGGGGAGAAUGAGAAAGCCGGUGUUAUUCUUGAAAAUGGCGACAAGUUGGAGGCUGAUAUUGUUAUUGCAGCAGAUGGUGUCGGAACUAAGAGCAAUAAGCUUGUGAAUGGCCACGAUAUCCGCGCAUAUCCCAGUGGAUUCUCCAUUUUCCGGGCCGCGUUCCCCAUCGAUAUUGCUUUAUCUGAUCCAGAGGUUAGAGCUCGAUGGCCUUUGCUGGAGGGGGGACAGACUUACGGUGAGUUGUGGCAAGGAAAGGAUAUGUCUUUCACGGUGCAGCGAUAUACCGACAUCAUGAGCUGGACCUUGACGCAUAAGGACGUUGGUACUGGCACAGAGUCGUGGCACCAAACCGUUGACGCUUCCAAAGCUCUUGAGUGCACAUCGAAGAACCCAGGAUUCCCCGAUAUCGCAAAACGCUUGAUUAAGACCACACCUAAGGAUGCCCUCGUUGAUUGGGAGAUCAUGUGGCGUGAUCCACGGGAGAAUUGGAUCUCGCCACUGGGUCGAAUAGUUCAGGUUGGCGACAGCGCUCACACAUUCUUACCCUCAUCCGGGAGCGGCGCAACUCAAGCAAUGGUGGAUGCCAUAUCGCUCGCCACAUGCCUUCAAAUUGGCGGGAAAAGUAACAUUGCCUGGGCAUCCAAGAUUCAUAACAAGCUUCAAUUUCAGCGCGUCUCGUGCCUUCAGCUAAAUGGCUUCAUCAAUCACCAGCGGCAAAACAAUACAAACUUUGAAGUCAUCGGAGAAGAUGGAGACUCGUUUAAGAGCUAUAUUGGUAAAUGGGCGUUGACACACGACGCGGAUAAGUAUGCCUACGAAAAUUACGGCAAGGUUCUCAAUCAUCUUCUGUGUGGUGCACCGUUCCACAGCACGAAUAUCCCACCUGGAUACACCUACAAACCUUGGACUAUCGAGGAGAUGUUUGAUAUCAUUGGCGAGGGAAAGAAGAUACAGUUUGAUGGAGAUUGGUCUUGA